UUGAGGCUGAUAAGAAUGACAAGAUAGUUAAAGACCUUACAUGGCUUCUUUUUGAAAUAUCACUUGUACAUUCUGGUUUUAGUUUGGAAGAACCUUCAUUAUUAGCCAGCAGAAUUUUCAAGAUGAUUCAAUUAGGCCUUGAUAAUGGAAAUUAA